AUGUCAGUCACAGCCACGGCAUCGAAUGGUCAGACUCCAUGCUUCAACUGUCGAGUUUGUACGCGAUGCAAAAAGAAGGGCUGGACCUGCCAGCCGGUCCAACCCAAGUCGCCGUUUCGGCAGGGAUCUACGGCAGGCUUGGACGUCAGCUUUUUGGGAAACCAGGCUUGGGUGAGCAGUGAGCCCAAGCGGUGGAAGCCACCCUUGAGCCAGCAGCAGACCUCCGAUGGCGUGUUGGCUCCUCCAGCCCACCUGGUUCGGGAUGCUUAUGUGGAAAAUUACGGGGUUCUGUCGUCCCCGGCGGAGACUAGUGGAGGAGCAUGGAUACAAACUGCCUCGUCAUCGUCGAGCUCUCCUCGUUCACAGUCAACAACUCAGGUUGGGCAAAGUGAAGUGAACAAGGGGCAUUUUCUCGCGACGCAAGGGGAUACCACGCUGCAACGCUUAAGCUCAGGGCACUUGCAAGAAAGCACGGGAUCAUCCGACGCGCGUUCGGCCCUGGCUGGCCAGGCGUCACCAAGCUAUUUCACACACCAAGCAUCCCUGCAAGAAGCUUGUCUACUUCGAUACUUCAUUGAGGAGAUUUCGCCCUGGUUCGAUCAUUGCGAUCAUCUCAGGCACUUUCGAUUGGAAGUCCCUCGGCGAGCACGGCACUGCUCGACCCUGCGAAACGCUAUUUUUGCUGUGUCGGCACGGCACCUCGUACGCCUUCCCCAGUACAAAACCCCGCGGGGAUUCGUGUACCAUGGACAAUUACUCUCGGGUCUGGAAGAUGCCACCGCGGUUGAAUACACACUUAAGUGUAUACCCGACCUUGUCAAGUUUCCCUACGUAUCGGACCCAAUCAAUCAAGAAAAUAUUAUGGUCGCUGCAGUCAUCCUUCGCCAGUAUGAGGAGAUGGAGGAAGAAAUGGACGACGACGGGCCUGCGGAGACUGCCGCCAAGAACCGAGUCAACUUUCUAGCCAUCACUCAGACAAUUAUCGAGUCCAUGAUGUCACAUCGCCUUGAACAGUCGCUGGCGACGGCAGCAUACUGGAUCGCCAUCAGACAGGAGGUAUACUACGCGCUGACGAGACAACGUGCACCGAUCAUGCAGUUCCAACCCCAGGACUGGAGGAGAGCAUCGGUCGCAAAUAAGUUCAUCAUGCUCGCUAGCGAGGUCACGAAGUGGUUCUGGGAAGACCGAUCAAUCGAUGAAUGGGAGCGGCUUGUGCGGUGUGAGCGGCAACUGGUGGACGCAUGUCGAAGCGAACUCGUGCCUAUCCUCGAAAAGCGAGCGGAGAAGCUGCAGGGCAGGAUUUUUCCAACCAUCUGGUAUAGCUCUGAGGAUCAGGUAACGGCCAGCCAGCACCUGGAGCUAUCUAGAAUGAUUUUGACUGCCGAGAGUCCGCACCUUGAGAACGCAAACCGGGCGGCACAUCGCAGGACGGAAUCCCUAGUCCGCUCCAUGGUUUUGAAGACCUGUGGCAUUGCUUUGAAUCACAUCGAUUGCAAACCGGCUCUGGUCAAUGGUGUCAUUGCUGUGACUUUAUACGGGGAGUACUUCACGGAGGCUGAAGAACGAGAUGCUUUGGUGACAGAAAUCAUCCAUCGAGCUCAAGAAUUAAACGCAUGGCCGAUGCAAAAGCGGCAUGAGCGACUAAAACAGCGAUGGCGCUCCAUGGACGGAUGA